UGCCAAAUGGUGGUUAGUGCGUGUUUGUGUAAAACUGACGUUUGGAAUUUCUGUCUCCGCUAUACCAGCCAUGAUAUAUCGUAAAAUGCUAUUCUUUUUCGCCAUAACAUCUUCAAUCCAUGCAACAUGUCGAGGCCAGGCUCAUCUCGAUCCAGAACAUCGCCUCAUGAAUGAUCUGUUCGCAAAUUACAGUAAAGAAGUGAGACCUGUCAUCGACAAACAACAGCCAAUUCCUGUCAACUUUGACAUGAUGUUCAGUCAACUUGUUGAAUUGAACGGACGGAGCCAGAUAAUGACCAGCAAGGUUUGGAUUCGACAGUCUUGGGAAAAUCCUUUUCUGAGGUGGAAUCCUUCGGAUUACGGUGGUGUAAAGUUCAUCAACAUUGACCCAAUACUUGUUUGGAAACCUGACAUUGUUCUUUACAACAGCAUUCAGAGCGACAGUGGCGAGAUGUACAAGUUCAAUACCAAAGUCGUCAUAAACUACAAUGGUUCAUGUCAGUGGUACGCCCCAACAGAAGUGAAAACAGUUUGCAAGAUCGACAUUACCUAUUUUCCGUUUGACCAACAACGGUGCAGCAUGGUUUUUGGUUCUUGGACCUACACGAGCUCUUCGUUAAACCUAAUGCUUGAUCGAAAAGAAGUCGAUUUAUCCAGCUACAUUGUCAGCGGCGAAUGGGACCUGAUUUCUGCUGAGGCUAUGCGUAAUGUGGUGAAGUACACCUGCUGUCCAGAUCCGUUCAUUGACAUCACCUACCAUCUUGUGCUUCGCAGAAGAGUGCUCUUCUAUCUCAACAAUUUGCUCCUUCCGUGCGUCGCACUAGCGAUUUUAACGGUGUUUGCGUUCUUCUUGCCAGUCGAAUCCGGCGAGAGGAUCUCACUAAUUAUCACAAUUCUUCUGGGUUUGACUGUUUAUACACUCAUCUUCACUGAAAACAUACCAUCUACUUCGGAAGUCACUCCUCUUCUGACCAAGUACUCCACCACCAUCAUGGCUCUCCUGGGCAUGUCAUUGGUUGUUUCGUGUCUGGUUUUGUGGAUUUACCACCGAGAUCCUUCGACUGAAAUGUCCAAAACUUUUGAAUUCAUUGUUUUUUCAGUUCUUUCUCGAAUACUCAGGAAGCCUCGGCCGGAGGAAACUUCGAAAGAUGGUCCAAAACGAAAGCAUACUCCAGUAAGUGUAGUCGCCGACCGCUGGCCAACCUAUUUUCCUGUACAGAGGCGCGCUGCCUCAGACAGCGGGAAUUCUAGUCCCCAGUGCCGUUCACCGAACGGUUCUGUGCAAGAAUUCGUUUUCCCCACGCAAUUGGAGCGCAAGUUCGAUCAAGUUAUCGCCAAACUUGAUGCAGUUGCGAACUCUUUAACAGUCGAUCAAGGCGAAGAGGAAAAGAAAAAGAAAUGGCAAAUGGCUGCCCAAAUCAUUGACCAAAUGUUCUUUUGGCUUUUUACGUUGAUAGUCAUCACAGUCACUCUUGUCAUGUACUUCAUGAUUCCGAAAUACUAUUAGACCAUGAUAUUCGAACCUAAGUGUUAGGUAUCUAACCUUCACACUCUUUUAUCAGUAUGAAUAUUCUCCAUACUGUUCUCUAUACAGUAACUAAGGUACCGACGAGAAGAAUUUGUUUGACAAUCAAGAGCUUUUUUAGUUGAUGGUCCUUUAUGAUCAUGACAUUAAUGUCUGAUUCAGGGAUGAUAUUGUAAGGAGAAAUUAGACAACAGUACCUGUUGUGUAUCGGUAAGACCUGACCGUGAGUAGGGACUUGUCACCAUGCACCUUCCGACGUCUAAAUUGAUCUUUGGGGUCAAUAUCAGUAUCUGGGCAACUGCCCACCUACCCCUCCCCUAACCCAACAUUAACCCUAACUUGUUAUCAAUUGACUGUUGUUGAGUUAGGGGAGGGGUAGGUGGGCAGUUGGCCAGAUAUUGAUCCGAUCUUUGUUUGACGAAAAAAAAAAGGAAUCAAGAUUUUCCACCGAUGUAGCUUUGCUGAAAAUUAUACAGUUUUAGAGAAAGUCAACUUAGUGCUUGUAAUUUCUACAUUGUGCAACUCAGUGUGGUAUAAUCUCACUGUUAUAGGCUUUAAUACAAUUUUCACAAGCCUGUGAUACUUAAGUCGUAGGUUUUUCUUAUUUCUUAGGGUAAAAAGCUAUGGCAGAGUUACUAUAACUUUAAGAAAGCUUUGCCAUUUAGCCAUUACAUCUAUUUUUGCUACUGUUUUUACUUUUUUAUUGUAAUUUAAAACAAGAUGGCGAAUGCUCGCCCUAUUUCUUAGGCAAAUGACUUGUCACAACUUGGCAUCUUCUAUAUAUUUAAACUUGUUGUGACUUUCUGGCUGCUUAUUAUCAUAGAGCGUUGUUUGAGCCUCCUGCUCGCGGCUUGUGGCUGUUAGUAAAAUUAUUACUACCGCCUUUAUGUUUCUGAAAUCCGAGUAACAUGACGUUUCUUAAUGAAAUAAGUACGCAUAAUUGAUAGACCACUUAAUUCUCUGUAAUAAGUCUUACUAUCUAUUAGAGUCCAGACGGACUGCAGACACCUUGCACUGUUGACGUCUUGCACUGCAGAUGUCGUUUCUCUUUUUUUGUCUAAAAUGACGUGAAAUAGGGCGCAAAGAUUUGGUAACAACAUGUUGUGCACAACAAAAUGAAAUUUGCUUGUUUCAAAUAGGAUGAAAGCCGUUUUAUUUGUACACUUGCAGAACGGAUGUUACUAAAACGAGGAAUGGAGGUUGAGGAACGGACAACGGGAAGUAGGAAAGUGAAAUGGCAAAUUAAGUUGAUGUUUUAGAAGCAUCCCUUGCGGCACUUUUGUUUGUGUGCGCUUGAUAAUUUGUGUAUGUUUGUCAGUGUGUCCACGUAACACAAAUUUUGCAACAGUAAUUGCCUGUUAAACCCGAAACGCAGCACAGUGAGUAAUCAGGAACCCUUUGAGUGUGGCUGAUUCUGAGGGCAUAUAGACUAAAAUUAAGAAGCAAACAAACAUUUUAAAACUAACAAAACAGGAAAUCUUGAACUUUUAUGAAUGAAAAUUAAAAUUAAUAUUCUCAUUACGUUGUCCGCCCAAUUCAGAUUCCAAGUGAUAACUGCGCUCAAUUUUGGUCUCCGCCUCCACUUAAUAGAGUUAAUUUCUCAGCAAAUAUGAGAGAAAAAACACGGGACUAGCAUAAGUGUCCGCUCAAUGCAAGAGUACGUCACCUUAACUUUCGCUGAAUUCGGGUUUCACCCUAGGCCUCUUAAGAGGCAUUGUCUAUUUCAUUUCAAAAUGGUAAACUAUCUUUCCUUGAUUUUAGACCGAUACAGCCCAAGAUAAAUGAAUAAAUAGAUCAAUGAGUGAAUAAUU